AUGGCCGCCCAGUCGACGCUUCAGCGUCCGCAGGAUCCCCUCCUGGCGCUAUAUCUCCACUACUCCGACCUUCUGCGUUCACGCAUUCGCAAAAGCUCCCGCAUAACUCGAAUAAUCGCCACCAUCACACUGCUCCUGUCCAUCAUCGGGUCAGGAUACGGUGGGUACACCUGGUUCCGGGAACGAGCAAGAGAACGGGCGCAGGGCCGCCGUCUGCUGCGUCGAAACUCGGGAAUCCGGGGUAAAGAUGGGUCGCGAACCAUCUAUGUUCCCUACAAGGGAUCCAAGACCUCCAAGGUGUUGAUUCACCCGACCAAGCCGACCACCUUCGAUGCGCACCGACGACUGUUCCUGAACCCCCCAGCAUCUGCGCGGGCCAAAGAUGAUGGCUCAGCAACCCAAAUUCCCCCACCGACAACGAAACCAGGUCUGAACUUGGCCUUCCUGCAUCAAUUUCUCAGUCUCGGCAGCAUCAUGGUCCCGCGAUGGGGAAGCAAGGAAACUGGCUUGCUGAUGAGCCACGGCGUGUUUCUCCUGCUGAGAACAUAUCUCUCGCUGCUGAUUGCACGGCUGGAUGGUGAGAUUGUCAGAGAUUUGGUUGCCGGCAAAGGUCGUGCCUUCACCUGGGGCAUCGUCAAGUGGUGCGGUAUUGGAACCCUCGCAUCGUACACCAAUGCAAUGAUCAAAUUCCUUCAGGCCAAGGUGUCGAUCGCCUUCCGGACUCGGUUGACGAGGUAUAUCCAUGACCUCUACCUGACCGACAAUAACAAUUAUUACAAGUUGAUGAAUCUGGACGGCGGCAUUGGCCAUGGUCCCGAUCAAUUCAUCACGCAAGAUCUCACUCUGUUCUGUUCGUCCGCCGCGGCGCUGUACUCAUCCAUGGGUAAGCCUCUGGUGGAUCUGUUCGUGUUCAACUACCAGCUGUACCGUUCGCUUGGGCCUCUGGCCUUGAGCGGGAUUCUCACGGGCUAUUUCAGUACAGCCGUGGUACUCCGGAAGCUGUCACCUCCAUUCGGAAAGCUCAAGGCAGUCGAGGGCAAAAGGGAAGGCGACUUCCGCGGUCUGCACUCGCGACUUCUGGCCAAUGCGGAAGAAAUCUCGUUCUACGGCGGAGCCGAUAUCGAGCGAGUCUUCCUGGUCCGCAGCUUCAAGGACCUCCAGCGCUGGAUGGAAGGCAUUUACAGCCUCAAGAUCCGGUACAACAUGCUCGAAGAUAUGAUUCUGAAGUACUCGUGGUCAGCCUUUGGUUAUCUCGUCACCUCACUGCCUAUCUUCCUUCCCGCCUGGGGCGGCAUGGGUGGUGCCAUGGAAUUGGCUGAUGCACCCGAGGGCAUGGGCCGCGAACGAGGCCGAAUGAAGGAGUUCAUCACCAACAAGCGCCUCAUGCUUUCGUUGGCGGAUGCAGGUGGCCGCAUGAUGUACAGCAUCAAGGAUAUCUCUGAACUGGCCGGAUACACCUCGCGGGUGUACAGUCUGAUUGCCACCCUGCACCGCGUUCAUGCCAACGCAUACUAUAUGCCCCGAGGCACACAUCCUGAAUUUUAUUCUCUUGCGGAUUCGCAAGGAACCAUCCAUAACGGCUUCGAUGGGGUUCGCCUGGAGCAGGUCCCGAUAGUCGCACCAUCUCUCCAUCCACGCGGAGGGGAAGAGCUCAUCGAGUCGCUGUCUUUCAUCGUGCAUUCGGGCGAUCAUCUUCUCAUUUCCGGUCCCAAUGGCGUGGGCAAGUCUGCGAUUCCUCGCAUCGUGGCAGGACUGUGGCCCGUGUAUCGCGGUCUCGUCAGCCGGCCCCGUGGGUUUGGUCUUGAUGGCAUCAUGUUCCUUCCCCAACGGCCCUAUUUGAGUGUAGGUACUCUGCGCGAUCAGGUCAUCUAUCCACACACCGAGAUCGACAUGCGCGAGGGCGAAGUCUCCGACGCCGACCUGCAGAAGAUCCUCGACGCCGCGCAUCUGGGGUAUCUACCUGCGCGCGAAGGCGGCUGGGAUGCUCGCAAGGAGUGGAAGGACGUCUUCAGCGGCGGCGAGAAGCAGCGCAUGGGCCUGGCGAGACUGUUCUACCAUGAGCCGCGAUAUGCAUUUAUCGACGAAGGCACGUCGGCCGUCUCUUCCGAUGUCGAGGGUGUGCUGUACGAGCGAGCCAAGGAGCGGGGCAUCACGCUCAUCACCAUCUCAACUCGCGCAUCCCUCAAGAAGUACCACACCUAUAAUCUCACUCUCGGACUCGGCGUUGAAGGCGAGCAGUGGGAGUUUGAACGGAUUGGCACCGAGAAGGAGAAGCUUGGCGUUGAGAAAGAGCUGCAAGAGUUGCGGAAACGGCUUGAUCGCGUGGAUGAGUGGAAGAUGCGCCGCGAGGAGAUUGAGAAUGAACUCCGCAAGGUCUGGACUAGCGAAGGCGAAAUUGCGCCGCCGCCGUACCAGGAGGAAGAAGACCAGCCCAUGUCAGAGGGCCCUAUUGAGAGUGCUAAUUGA